CCUCCCCCUCCCCGUCCCGUCUCAAGCGCCGGUAAACUUCGCCACGCCCCAAUCUCCAUUCGCCACAAACCCUAACCGCCCCUCUGCGUCGCGCCGCCGGCCGCCCCGCCACCCUCCUCGCCCUUCCAGGGCCCCGGCGAAGGCUGUAACCCGCGGGGAGCGGCGGCGAUGGCAUCCACGGCGAAGGUCACCAUCACCCUCGGCCGCAGCGGCCAGGUUGUCAAAAGGCGAACUAUUUCUGAUAUGGGUAACGAUGAUGAAGUGCCAGUAUCAGGAAGAAAGCGACCUGUCCGAGAGAGGUUAGGAAAUAAUGUGGCUGAUUCUGAUUUGUAUGGAAGUCAGCAGAGUAAUAAAAGACGGCAAACAGAAAGCAGUAGCUCGCAGCUUGGAGAUGAUGGUUUGGCUCGCCAGAUUGGCAGGGAUGAUUUAAGGCUGAAGCUUAUGAGGAAAGGCUUGACACAGAAGAGCAACAGUGAGGCAGAACAGAAUGGAGUGGAUCUCCGUGAAAAGCUUUCCAGGAAGUCAAAGAAACUCCAGGGAUACGAGGCAAGAAGGGGUGAUCCAGAAUCAAGGUCUAGUUAUGAUGAGGGGGAAAUCCCAGAAUCAGGAUCUGGAUAUGGUUUGAGGGGGAGAGUCCCAGAGUCAAGAGCCUCUACUCUUGUAAGCCAAGUGCCUUCGUCAAGGAGUGCAGAUGGGUUGUUCAAGUUGGAGUCUUCAGGAAAACCUUAUCCCUCGUGGACCGCUGAUUGUUUGAGGUAUACGUCCCCAGACAAGCUUCCAAGUGUUCGAAGAGACAUGACUCCCCCAAGAAGUGUUCGAAGAGGCAUGUCUCCCCCGAGGGCCGUUCGGAGAGGCAUGUCUCCCCCGAUAAGUUCUCGAAGAGGCAUGUCUCCCCCAAGAAGUGCCCGAAGAGGCAUGUCUCCUCCAAGAAGUGUUCGAAGAGGCAUGUCUCCUCCAAGAAGUGUUCAAAGAGGCAUGUCUCCUCCAAGAAGUGUUCGAAGAGGCAUGUCUCCCCCAAGAACAUAUGAUCAUACAGGGUCCAUUCCAUCCCUUCGAUCUGUCGGUACCACAAGACCUUCUAGUCAUAUCACAAGAGAUGCUGCUGACACGUUAAGAACCCAUCAACCUUACGAAGACAGCUCUACCAUUGGGAUCGAUAGAGGACAACAAACUAAUGGAAUCACACAAUCUGGACGCCGGCCUACAUCCCCUGUGCUGAAAGAAGUACCGUCGACAGUUACUGGAUUACUGAAUUCAAUGGGACUUGAGAAGUAUGUUGUUCUCUUUCAGGCUGAGGAGGUGGAUAUGGCCGCAUUGAGUCAGAUGAAAGACAGCGACCUCAAAGAUAUGGGAGUACCAAUGGGCCCCAGGAAGAAGAUACUCCUUGCGGCGGCACCUUACGGAAAACAACGGCAAAGAUGAGCAGCAUGUGCUCUGUGACGUUGAACAUUUGCUGGGAAUGCAUUUUUAUUGGUGUAAGCAUGCUCUAAUGCGGAUCUUGUAUAUCCUCACUGGUAGUCUGGCUUAGUUAACCUUUUUUUUUGUUGCUGAUAGAUUAAUGUCGCCCUGUUCUUGGCUUGUGUAAAGUCAUGUCUUGUCAGCUGAUGCUCCGAAUCGUACCACUGGCGGCGAUAUGCUGCCCUGCUGUAUUUGUUAACAGCAGUAGGGUUUGAAACAGAGUGGAUACAACAUGGUCUAGCGCCAUCAUCAAUCUGGACUUCCUGUAUUUUGGGGAACAUGAUGAGGGAUACAACUAACCCAAUCUAUUAUGUAUGCCAAAUGGCCAUCGAAUUCCACCAGUCUUGUGCAUGGAGGAAGUAGUAGAUUGUUUUUUCAGUUUGACUGCUCCUACCUACAUUUGUUCAACUGUCAAUCUUUGCCAUAUGGAUUGUGCAUAGUUGUGUUGCCUGUAUACCAGAGUUACCCCGGGUUUUCAA